AUUUAUAAUUUACUUUAGAUUCUAUAGACAAUAAAAACAGUCCUCGAGGUAAGCCAGUCUCUGUCAGCGGUUCACCAGACAUCCCACCCUGACUGUCGUUUAUGGAAUUCACUUACAGCUGUAAAAAGUCGAAAAAUCAUGCAUUUCAUUGUCCCCCAGCUGAAAUAUCAAAUUUUUGGUAAAACAAUUCCUCUCCUCCCAACAAAAAUCAAACCAACGAGGAAAUAUAAUCGUUUCGCGAUGAUUGGACAGACGAGUCCGUCGAACAACGGAAGAAAAAAAGUUUUAAACCCUCAAUAAAACGUACGAAUGGAUGCGUUCACCCUAGAGUACUUGCUGGCGUCACCGAGAGGUGGGGAAAGCGACACAUUUUUUUGCAAGUGCAACAGCGGCACUGGGUAAAAGUAAAAUGAGUCUGAAAAAGAAAAAUCAAAUGGCCACAAAGAACAGGACAUUUAAUUAAAAACCGGGGAGGCAAGCCACAGUUUGCUAAGAGGAGAAAAUAGAACAGCCAGAAGUGGAAGGUAAAAUAAAAAUUCAGUGUUUUAUCUGUGAUGGAGGGGUGGAGUGGGGGCUGUUACUCUCGUGUGUUUUGCAACAAUAAGUCUUGCUAAACGAUGGAAAAAGUGGAUGAAUAAAUAAAUAAAGGGGUUAAAUGACGGAAAAGAAUGCAUACGAAGAAUGUAUAACGUUUCAGAAAAAUACAUUAGGGAAAAGUAAUUGUUCAUUUUUCUUUCGAGUGCUAUUCCAGAUGAAAAAUUAAUCCACAUUUUCCAGAUAUAUAGAGGGACUGAAUGAUGCGUUAAACAUUUUUUUUUUAUUUAAAAAAAAUUAUAUCCUAUCAAUUCAUGACUUUUCAGUUCGCUUUUCCAACAAUAUAAUUGGCGAUCGCGUCAUGGUACGUGUUGUCUCGGUUAAAUUUGUAAUUUGAGGUUUGCAAGGGGUGCAUUCGCCCCACGAUGGGCGGAGGGAUGGGCCUGGGGAUUUUUUUUUCAAUGCACAAGGACGGGAUAACCACAGAGACCAUCGGGCCACAGGAUGUAGCGCUAGAGCACCAAGUGAUUGGAUCUGCGGCUUUAACAACAGCUCAUGCAUUUUUAUUGGAUUUUAAAUAUUCAAAAUCUCUUGAUUCAUUGACAUUAUGGAUUUUACUCAUCGCUUGUCCUUUAAACAAUUAGCCCUCCAGGUACGUGUGUGCGUGUUUUUUUUAAGUAUAAGUGCAUCUGUGAUCGACCCACAUGUGGAUUGAAUUAAUAACAGCUUGAAUAACAAAAUGGUGCAAUAAAAUGGAGCAAUAAAUGGAGCGAAGGAAAUGGAAUGAAAAAUCGGGGAGAAAAAAGAAUCGGUGGAAAAUAUAAAUUGUUUACAAUUUGUAACAGAUAUAAAUUCCCAAGAAUUUCAUGCCAAACUCAAUCCCACUCGAUCGAUUAUGUAUCGUCUGUCAAAUAUUUUCCAUCACUUCCACCACCUGCUGUCAACUUCAGCCACCCACUCUUACACGUCACCCCCAUCACUGGAAAUUGACGUGUCCUCUACAUAAAUAAAACAAUCACGGCCACUAUGAAUGAUUGAGUGCACGAGACCGUAAAUAUUUUAACAAAAAAAAAUUUGAACAGUAAAAAAUAUAAUAGCUGUGUAAUAAAGAGAAAUGACAAAAAUUGUGGAAUAAAAAAAACUGAAAAAUCGAGGGAGUGAAUUCAGGGAUAUGGAUGUGGUCAGACAGAAGUAUUACUCGAAUUAUUUUCACAGAGUUAUUUGGCGAUUCAUAAUUGCAGAUGGUGAAUUAAGGUCGAUUCUGCAAAUAGGGCGACAGUGCGGUUUCGUUACAUUUUUCAUGGGCGUUUUGAUCCUCGUCACGUUGGCUUGCUCAGUGAUGAGCACAAAGAUCGCCAAGUCGAAUGAAAUGCUGUGUCGUUCGCUGCAGAAUCAAGUAAAUGAGAAAUUGCCGAGGAAGCGUAGUAUUUUGAGGGUGAAGCCAGCAUACAAUUGCAUUCACGAACACCUGCAGAAGACCUUCGUAACUCUGGAAAAAAUUAAGCAAACCGUGCACAAAGAGUCGCUAGAGAUCGACAUGAUGAAGAGCAAAAUAUCCUGCAUGACAAAGCUCAUGAGUUGAAUGCAAUUAUCGCGGAUCUGUAGAAGAGAAAUGUGUGCGUGGGAGAUUAAACUUCGUUGGAAGUGGAGUUGAAAAAGAAUGUAAUCAUGACGCCAUUAUGACCGUCUCAAUUAUCGUAUACGUCAACCAUCGGCAAUAAUUCCCGGAUGAUGAGAGAGUAAUGUGGUUUUGUCGGUUCAAUUAAAAAAAAAUAUUGCAAAAAUGUCAA